GGCGCGCACAGCCGGCUCGCAGCUGCCCGGGGCAGCGCGCAGACCCGCCGCGCCUUCCUUCCUGCGGAGCCCGUGGGACAGAGGCGGCGGCAGCAUGACAUCGGCGGCGGUGGAAAUUUUGGGGCUGGGACUAGGCAUCCUGGGCUGGGUAGGGGUGAUCCUGGCCUGCGGAUUGCCCAUGUGGCAAGUGUCGGCCUUCAUCGACGUGAACAUCGUGGUGGCGCAGACCAUCUGGGAAGGGCUGUGGAUGAGCUGCGUGGUGCAGAGCACAGGGCAGAUGCAGUGCAAGGUGUACGACUCCAUCCUGGCGCUGCCGCCCGAGGUGCAGGCGGGCCGAGCGCUCACCGUCAUCGUGGCACUGCUGGGGCUGGUGGCUCUGAUGGUGACCGUGGUGGGCGCGCAGUGCACCAACUGCAUCCGGCCCGGGAAAAUGAAGUCUCGCAUCGUGAUAGCCGGCGGGGCCAUCUACAUCCUCUGCGGAGUCCUGGUCCUCAUCCCGCUCUGCUGGUUCGCCAACAUCGUCAUCAGUGACUUCUACGACCCCACCGUGCCGUCGUCCAAGAAGCGAGAGAUGGGGGCCGCGCUCUACAUCGGCUGGGCGGCCACGGCCCUGCUGCUCUUCGGGGGCUGCCUCAUCUGCUGCUGCUCCUGCUCCCAGCGCGACGAGACCUCCUUCCCCGUUAAGUACUCGGCGCCGCGGCGGCCCACGUCCAACGGCGAGUACGACAAGAAGAACUACGUCUGAGCGGGGCUGGCCCGCUCCGCGGCCCCGCGGGGUACGGACAGACGGCAGCAGACAGCUUCUGCUCCAGCGCUCCCCUGCCUGGAGGCUCUUCUUAACGGGGACCCCCGUGAAGCGGCGGCCCUAGGCAGGGCAGCGCCCCGCUGCCCUCCAGCCCAGCUCCCCGGCGGGGUCGGCCGCUCCGCUGCGGGCUUCGCCGCUCUCCCGGUACUGACCGACCGCACUGCCGGCCGAGCAAAGCCCUCCCGGGCCCCCCAGAGCAGGCGAAACAGAGUGUUCCCGGCCCGGGGCCGCCGGGGGAACCGAGGAGCCCGGGCGAGUCACGGCGGUCUUUACCGGGACGCCCCGUCCGGGCUUCGCCGCCGCCGCCUGCCCGCCCGCCCGCCCGCCCGGUAUUACCGGGACACUUGUGAGUACUUUACCGCCUGCUGUCGCUGCCGGUGCCUCGGGGCACCGCCUGGCUGCUCGGACCGGGCGUCGGGUGUGCACCGGAGCCAAGGAGCAACUUUCCAUCUUCGUUCUCUCUCCCAAAAGGCUGCAUCUGGCAGUUCCUGCUUGGACUGAUAUGGUGGGGGGGGGGGGUGUCGAUCUAUUUGGGCAAUUAAAAUAGGGAUCCUGUCCAAAACAUGAUACUAACCUUGGUCCUUAAUCCCACAAGCAGUAACUGUUUGGAGAGAGUUAUUCUUCGGUUGUUUCAGUCCCUCAGUGAAGUGUAUUGGUCUGUGUAUAUUUAAAACCUUGAAAGAGACCAGGUAGUUGCUGUUCUUUAGUGGAGUACAAAUCAGAUAACACUAGGUUGUCUUUUGAGGUUCUUCAUCUCUUCUUCUUCAGCUUGUGCUCUGUUUUUACUUGAAUAUGAACUCAUUGCCAGAAUUAUUCGAGGACUAGAUUAAAAAAUCUAGGAGAUCACUAUAUCCUGGCUCCAGUGGGGCCUCUGCUCCUCUCAUCUGCACUACAGGAGACUGGAAACAAAAAAAUUGUCCCAGAUUCUGAUGGUUGGGGGGAAUGAUGUCUUUGUGGCAUUCUUGCCAAGCUCUGCUUGCUGCCAGUUUUGAAAUGUGUGUUCAACGUGCGCUUGGUUGGCUCUCUACCAUAGUUUUGUUAACACAUGCUUUCUUUCAUUUACCAAAUCAAGCAAAAAAUUGCUAGAUGAAUUUUACCAAAAAUAUCUUGACUGGGACUUUAUGCCAAGUGAUCAGUUGUGAAGCCAUGACCUUUACAGCUCUCAGCUCCUCUGCAUUGCCCUAGUAACACUCUGCAGACUGGAAGGAAGAUGGUUUGGUCAACAUAACCAAUUUUCCUGAGGUCAACACCUCCUGAAGUUAACCACAGUCUGAAAUGUUAGCUUGCACUUUUUCAUUAUACACUGCAGAAACAAACUUUGUUAAGGGAGGGGCUUAAGGGGAUGGUGUGCUACUCCUCCAAUCUAAUUACUUGUAAAUCCACACAGGAUUAUGCUGCUGACUGUGGCAGCAUCUGCAUUGCCAUAAGGAGAUUUCUGCCAAGAGUUAGGGAGGAAAUGUGCUGUUUAUACUCCUCAGAGAACAACGCUCGCUACGACCUCAUAGGUCCUCACAAUCACAUAGCAAUACAGUGCACACCUGACCUGAGCAUUAACUCUUAUAGCUAUCUGAUAAAACCAAACUUAUUGACAAACUGUAACUGUGGGUCUGACAGAUUUACAUGGGCUCUGUUCUUGCCUUGCUUAGCAAACUUAAAACCCUGGAAGUAUUAGCAAUUCAAAAAGUAGAAUAAGAGACUAAAGCCUUGCCCCUGCAAAUUUUGAAGUUGAAUAUUGAGCACAUGAUUAAUCGUUUUGAAGGUAACUGCUUUUGUUUUUUAUACACAAAAAUAGCAGGGUCUGAGCUCAUCAGAGAAUACAAAAGCAGAGCAAUAUAUCUAGAACUUCUUCUCUAUAGAAAGGUGCAGUUCUAAUACGGUCUCCAUUUAAGUAAAAGCUGUAAUAUUGUUUUUAUGAUGUGAUAUGUAGUUCUGGUACAAGAGUGAAAUAUUCUGUAUUUCAUCAUUCAACUUUUUAAAAACAGUGUAACCUUGUAAACUGUAAAUGUAUUUAAAUGCUUAUAUUUUGAAGAAAUCUACCAAAGUUGGCUUGUUACAGGGUUUGGUGCCUUUAUUUGUUUCAUGACUGCUUUACUUUAAAUUGUAACAUCCAGUUGUAUGUCAGUCAUCCUCACUCAGCUCUCUGGUGUCUAGCAAAUGAGUCUACAGAUACUAGCCCAAAUCCUGGACCUCUCUCUCUUUUGUCUCAAGUUAAAGAACUAAACCCCACUGACAAAAACAUCUGCAUGUCUCUGAACAGUAGAGCCUUCAGAAGUGCUGCAGAAUUUGGGGUCUGACCAAAAGAUGAAAUCUUUCUGGACAAUACAUCACUAGCAUUUCAAAUCAAAACUGGUGUCUUUGGGAGAGAGAGGGAAACCUAUGCCUUAGAAGGGAAUUUUAACAAGCCAAAUUUCUUGUAUCAAAGCAGGACUGGAUCCUCUUAUAACCAAAACCUGAAAAAAUUAUACAGAAAGACCUCUUGGAAGAAGCCAAUGCUAACUGUGCAUAUGCUACUAAACACAGCAUCAUCCUACCAAAACCAUAACUUGUGGCUGAGAUCAGUGGGGCAGCACCCAAUGAGACUUGCAGGAAGUAGGGACCAUUUUUAAAAAUAUUUUUAUAUUUAAUCUCAUCCUUCAGUAUCAUUAGUUGUUGCUGCGCUUUAAAAGAUAACCUCAGAGAAUGCUGUUACUGAUAUCACUGGCUUCAGGGUAAAAGUCAAAGUUGGUUUUUGCUAUGAUUUGUUUUCUAAGAACAAUGAUAUAGUCCUGAACUUAAAACCUUGGAAGUGCUCAGGAUCAGGCCUGAACCUCAUCCCAAUGAAAAGAUAAAUCUAUAGCACUUGUUUAUUAUUUUUAUUUUGUAUUUAUGAUUUUGCAUAAAAAUAAAAAUAUGUAAACCUA